GGGUAUCAUUUUCGGCUAUGCUAAAGGCAAAAGUGGUCGCGUCGCGUCACACCCUCCCACUGGUGUUGAUCGUGUUGAUAUCUGCAACCUCUUCUUCACGACUUCAACACCACGCUUUCCAAAUACCAAUCGGCAAGGGUUACAAGUAGACAUCCCUCGCAGCACAUGCGUACGGCGGACUGCACGAUGCCCCCUGCAACACGGAGGUCACUCGGCCCUGCCUCUGCCGACACCAGCAGAGAGCAGCCACCACUAGCUGGCCGUGUCGAUCCUGCCAAGAUACGCGCUCCUGCGACCAGCAGUGCGCCAGGUCGAACGGCAAGGCAGGUCAAGGACACGAGUGCCGGCGUAGAAGCUAGCGAGGAGGAAGAGGAUGAACCAUGGACAAGCAUCAGGCGCAUCUUUGUGUCACGCACAUUGCAACUUCACACGCUGUCUCCUUUGCAUGUCCCGAGGCUCGGCAGGAUGGGUGCUUCAAGCAAGGGCGCCGCAUCAGGCAGUCUUUCUCUGCAACUCUUCGAAGAGCUAGGCGCUGAAUUGCGCUCGUACAUCAACAUCCGAUUGUCUGACGGCAUGUCGGUGCUACACGUCGCGACGGGGCGCUCAACCGAGGCGGGGGGUGGAGGCCAGACUGGACAGCGAGAAGACACGAUGCUCGAAGAUGCGUCAGGCCGCAACCUUCCCAUAGCAAAGCGACGUCGAAUUGGAGACACAGUUGGAUCAGCGCAGAUCUCGGCCGUCAGGAUGGGAUGGCUGCCCGACCUGGACCUGGUAAAUCCGCAUGGCCCCAGAGGAUGGAAGCGCGGCCAGAUGCAACAGCAGAUGGAUGAGUCUUCGCAAGCAUGGGCAAUUGAGAUCGAGCUCCAUCGGCCGCCAGAGCCCGCCACAAAAGGCAAAAAGCGCAAAUCCAAAGCAGCGGUCGCACGAGCAAAGGCGUGGAAGGCAAUAAGACUCGGAGAUCUUUGCCAUCUCGUCUUCCUUCCCUCCUCUUCUGGUGCAGAAAGAGCCACGAUGACAAGCACGGCUCUUGCAUACCCAGUCCUUGUGACCAGGUCGUGCACGAACGCAGCGCCGGACGUCAAUCGCGCCGUGCUAACGCACGCGCUCAAUUGGGUUCAAGCACGCUUUGACUGCCGCGUGUCCACUGCCGCAGGCUCGGCAGCGCGCCGGCUGAAGGGGCUGGCGGUAAGCACCGACGUAGGCGCGGAAGUGAGCGCGGGGAUUGAGGCUUUGGCGGAGAAGAUCGUCGUCCAGGCUAGAGGCGAGAAGGAGGAGAUCGACCGCUUGAUGUCUCGCGGGCGACACGGCCUCCGCGGUUUGCAGCGGGACGACAGAAUCGAUGACAGUGCGUAUGCUGCUGGACCAGUCGAGCUGGCAUUCACUUUCCCUUCGGAACUGUGGGACGAUCUCAGGAUGGACGGAUCCAAGGUUCCUGGACCUGCGCCAGAUCUCAAAGCGCUCACAUUGACGGUACCAUGGCCUGUCUGUAUGCGGUUGCUGGACGAGACCCCCCCAGAGACACCCCUCCUUCCAGCGAUAAAAGCAUACUUGUCACAGCACACAUCGUUGGACCUGACACCGCUGACGCUAUCGCGCAUCGGCGCGGCAGGCAUCAACUUUGGGCUGACAAGCAGCGCAUGCCGCGUCAAAUUCUACGAUCUUGAAGUGGGCCUCGUCGCGUCAGGCACAUUGGCAAAGAUGCAGCGCGAACGCGUCACGCUUGUGCUGCAGCAUCUCAGAGGCAUGAUCGAACACUCGGAGGAUCGCUAGCGGCGACGGGCGCGGUGGCACUGCUGUCCAGUAAGCGAGUGCAGCGCGUACAGGAUGCACAGGGAUGCUUUUCCCAAGUAUGAUGCCGUGCUGUUGAAGUUUCA